UCCAAUAAUUAUUCGUGAGGCAACAAUUCGAAGAAUAAUCGAGACUUUUCCAGAAAAACAAACUCUAGGAUAAGAUAAACAGCCAAUACGAUUACUUGACCGACUAUCAGUCUGAGAGAAAACUCCUCAACUGGCCUAAACCCGGCGACACAGUCGUUUUAGCAGCCAUUUGUCUUGUGGAACCAACAGGGAUCGACAUUUCUCCAAAACGGAUCUACAUUUUCUGAAAGUAUGAUGGCCAUCUUUAAACGGGAUCAACUGAAAACCUAUGUGGUGGCGUGCGCCUUUUUAGGACUCUGUGGCUGGAUGGCUGUUCUGCAAACGAGAUAUGAACGCAGGAUAAAGCUACUUGAAGAAGAAGGAAGUGUUCGGGUGAAACGUAGUGCCGGAUCCUCUGGUCAAACCGUUGGUGGCGCUACAUACAUUCGCUGGGGUCGCACAGUUUGUCCUGCUGAUGCAGAAUUAGUAUAUGCAGGUUACGGAGGAGCUCAGCACUAUACCCAUGUAGGUGGUUCUGCCGAGUAUAUCUGUGUAUCCGACAAACCAGAAUACGCCUCGAAGACGGCUGCAGGGGAAACCGACCGAGCAUGGCUGAACGGAAUCGAACUCCAAGUAUUCGUUACGAAUUUCUUUAGCACUGCCAACGCUGAUCCGAAUGGCCUCCACGAUUCCGAUCUCCGAUGUGCAGUAUGCAGGAAUAGAGUUCGCACCAGCAUGCUCAUGAUUCCAGGAACAAAGUCAUGCCCAGGUAACUGGCAGCAGGAGUACUGGGGCUACCUGAUGACGGGACAUUACAAACACAAGGCUGCCUACAGCUACGCAUGCGUGGAUGAUGCACCAGAAGCUGGGGGUGAAAAUGGCGCCAGAAAUGAUGACGGAGGACUGAUGUACCACGCACAGGGUUCGUGUGGCUCUCUGCCAUGCCCUCCGUACGUCCAAGGCUUCGAGAUGACAUGUGUUGUUUGCACAAAAUAGAGAAUCCAAGCGUUCAAACGGCCUGAGACGACACCACCAUUUGCUUUUAACACGUUUUCUAUUAAAGACGAAAUUCGCGCUCCUCGAAUUAUAGGUUUAAGUUGAGGACGGAGCUUUUGAUAUGUCUUUCUGCUUGUUUCCAGCUAUUCAGAAACAGAAAUUAAAGUAGGUCACCACCUCCUAGAUAAGUAAAAUAUGCCUAAAUAUCAAUCCAGCAUCCAGAAAAUUUCUGCUAGUUUCAAUACAAAACGCAUAAACUGCCACCUGUUAUGAACAUGAUACACUGAUUAUAUUGAUACACUGAUUAUAUGUUGCACUCUUGCAGUCAGUUGCAAUCAAUGAAUCGAGUUGCAGUUCACAUUUCUGUCAUUAUUGCAAGACAAAGCCAUCGCACGUUAAGCGAUUCAUUAUUGCAGCUACAGUAUUCAUUAAUGGGUUACAAAGAAUCGCAAGUGUUUAAACGAGAAUAGAAACAAGAAAUCCCCGUGUCUCUCGCUAAUCAGCAAAUACAUAAAGUAGUUGCAAAGAAUCGCAAAUAGAACGCUGACUGAGCAAUGGGUUGCAACUCUACUUUAUACUUAGGUGUAUCUCAUUAGAUCAGGUGAUUUUAAAUGAUUUGAAUAAUUUAGGAACAGUACAAGGCAAAUAUUACGUUUUUGCCCAAUACCACACAGUUUAGAGAAUUCAGACCUAGCCGAAUGCACGGUCUAUUGUCUCCUUAAAAACCCCGCUCUUACCUCAGCCAAUAUUUUCAUUAUUCUACUGUCAUAUCAAAGUGUUAUCAGGGCUAAUCUUGAUAUCAUCGACCCCCACGAAAAAGCUUCCAUGGGAUCGUUAGGCCUAAACCGACAAGGGCAAUUAAACGGUAAUGAAGAGUCAUAUAAAACAAAGCCGGCAAAGGUUUUAUAAAGUGUAUGUAACCAUAGCUGACAUAGCGUGUAAAUCUCGAUGUCCUUGAAAAAUACUUGGUAAAGAAAUAAAAGGAACUGGCAAUAGCCUGCAUGUCAAUAAUCACUUCAUUCUUUACCUGUAAGUUUUCAUGAAGCAGGAAAAAAACAGCCCUAGCUAAUAGCGUCAUCUUGGAACCACCAAGGUUUUUACCUCUCAUCGAUUUCAAACUAUAUUAUCACUGUUUAUUGAAAAGGAGUAUGAAAAUAUGAGAAUCAGAUUGAUAUAGCGUGUAAUCUCAUCGGUCUUGAAAAUUAUCUCAUAAUCAAACGGAACAAACUGCCAAUAGCUUGUAUAGCGUGAAAGAUCUCAUUCUAGAAUAUUAUCUAAUAAUCUAAUGAACAAACUGCCAAUAGCUUGUAUAGCGUGAAAGAUCUCAUUCUAGAAUAUUAUCUAAUAAUCUAAUGAACAAACCGCCAAUAGUUGUAUAGCUAUUAUUCUCGUCCUUGAACAUCAUCAUUUUUCUAAACAGCAAUAGCUUGCUAACAUAGCAUGUAAGUGUUGUCUUUCGUGAAAAUUAUUAACAGAUAUAUUGUAGUCAAAUAAAGCAAA